UCUUGUUGCGUCAUGAGCAUGCGACUCUGGGAUACAAAACAAGUCUGGGGUCCAGAAGCAUGGCAGCUGCUGAGGCGGCGGUGCUGUCGUCAUCUUUAGAAACAGACACAGCCCCAGUCCCUGAAACCGCAGGAACAGCUGCAGCCACGGCUGCCACCCCGCCAGUGUCGGCUGCAGCCGCGGCGGUCGCGGCGGCCGCACGGACCAGAUGCGAAGCCAGGGGCUCCAAGGCCGCUCUGGCUACUAAGCUCCUGUCCCUGAGCGGCGUGUUCGCAGUGCACAAGCCCAAAGGGCCCACUUCAGCCGAGCUGCUGAAUCGGCUGAAGGAGAAGCUGCUGGCAGAAGCUGGAAUGCCUUCUCCAGAAUGGACCAAGCGGAAAAAGCAGACUUUGAAAAUUGGGCAUGGAGGGACUCUAGACAGCGCAGCCCGAGGAGUUCUGGUGGUUGGAAUUGGAAGGGGAACAAAAAUGUUGACCAGUAUGUUGUCAGGGUCCAAGAGGUAUAUUGCCAUCGGAGAACUGGGGAAAGCUACUGACACGCUAGAUUCUACAGGGAAAGUAACAGAAGAAAAACCUUAUGAUAAAAUAACUCAAGAAGAUAUUGAAGGCAUUUUACAGAAAUUUACUGGGAAUAUAAUGCAAGUACCUCCCCUCUAUUCUGCAUUAAAGAAGGAUGGACAGAGACUUUCGACUUUGAUGAAGAGAGGUGAAGCAGUAGAAGCAAAACCUGCCAGGCCAGUUACCGUAUACAGUCUCUCCCUUCAAAAAUUCCAGCCUCCAUUUUUCACAUUAGAUGUUGAAUGUGGAGGAGGUUUUUAUAUCAGAAGCUUGGUCAGUGACAUUGGCAAAGAACUCUCUUCCUGUGCCAAUGUACUAGAGCUGACCCGAACCAAACAAGGACCAUUCACACUAGAAGAGCAUGCCCUUCCUGAAGACAAAUGGACAAUUGAUGACAUUGCACAGUCUCUUGAGCAUUGCUCAUCUCUUCUCCCCGCGGAGUUGGCACUUAAAAAAUCGAAACCUGAGGAGUCGAAUGAACAAGUUUUGAGUUGUGAAUAUAUAACUCUAGACGAGACAAAGGGAGAAGAUGCUAUAAUUAAGACAUGUUAAAACUGGGUCAUCACAUUUUGGUUGACAUUUGAAUCCUGUGUGCGGAAUGACAAGCUGUGUCCAAAAGACAAACAACUAUUCCUUUUUUUUUUUUUUUGGCAUGAAGAAAAAUGUCCAUCAUUUACAGUUUCUAUACUGUACAAUUUAACUGCCAUACAUUAUAAAUAGCCUUGAAGUUGUUCAGUUCUUUGCCGUCAUAUGGAAUGUUCUUUUAGGAUGUUAUUAUGUUGUUAGAUUGGAUUCAGGGAAAUCAACUUUCUGAUUUUGAUAUUUCUCCAAAGUUUUUCCUGUGAAAAAGUCGAACACAUUUUCUCAUUGAAGAAAAAUAUGAGCUACCUGUUUCUUUGGUGUCAUAAAAGUGAAUGUAAAUUAGCGUUACUUUGACUUUAUUUUGGCUUCUUGGUGGCUCUGUUGCAUUGAAAUUCUUUAUGUUUGAAAAGGCCAUUAUUUUACCUUCUUAUGUUUACGAUUAUUAACAUUUCUUUGAUAAGGCUGCAUUUAUAUAGUAAUAGCUGUGUUUGUUUAGAUAUUGGACACUAAUAAACUUUUAUAAUAAAUAUUUGUAAUUGAACCAAAUUAUUGCUGCUACCACUAACGGACGUAAAUUGAAGACUAAAUGUUUAAAUUCACCUCUACCAUUAGCACAAAGGACAAUCCAAUGGCUUAUGUUUUGGCAUAUCUUUUCCUGAUAUUAUUAACAUAGUCAACCACCUCGUACGAAGUUACCAAAUAACAUAAUUUUUUAACAGUAACCUAAAGAAUGUAUCUUCAAUUAAAAUUUUUUUCUCUAUUCUUCACUGCUUGUUCAUACCUUUUUAUAGGACAUUAAUCCCCAUGACAUUGUUUUAGUUUGCUCUUUCAAAUGAUAUUUAUAAAUGUUGAGAUAGCUGCCCUGCAUUUCCAGCUAAUUUCUUCUGCUCUAAAUAUUUAAAAAACAGUUAUUCUGAAACAUUUUCGUUCAAAUGGCCUACUGAAAGUUGUCUGUGUAUCUCCAACAUAAUUUUGAAAGCAUAGAAACAUUACAAAAUAGUAAAUUUCAUAUGUAAUGGAUGCUUCAUAUUUUUGUUGUGGGAAAGCAAUAUAUUAUACUGCCAUAGAAAUGUUCAAGUCCUGCUAUAUUUAUUCAAUAUAGUUUCAAAAGUAAGAAUCAUUAAAAAUUUCAUAAAAUA